ACUAUGAAACGAGUUCGAAGCCAGUCUGCUCUACUUUCUUUAUUUAUCUAUUUUUGAGGCCUUGUCUCGGAUUUAACAUUUUUCAUUUUACUUCUUCGAUUAAGUGUAGUCAGGGCCCGGGAUACCUGGGGAAGUCUUUACUUUUCAGAAGCAUCCCCAGUUAUCUGCCAGGGCCAUAAUCCAAUAAUUUGUAUAGGAUGCAGUACUUGGUCACAUCUUGCAUCAGCUCUUCCACUUAGUUCUGAUCGUCACAGAAGUUGGAGUUCAAAGUUUCUGCCAAACACAUUAACAGUGAUCCACAAACACGAGGGUCUUGGAGAGACGACUGUAAGAAGUCUGGCAGGAAAACGGGUCCCUUGUUAAAAUGUAGGGUAUAGGGCCAAGUAUCCUAGUACAUGUCAUUAAUCCCAGUUGUUAUGAUAAAGCACCAGGGGAAUCUUAGCGGAUUCCAUGGCAGGCGACGGUGACCGAGGCGGAGGGAUGGGACAAACAUGCCAGGCAGACAGAGCUUAGUGAGGAGUUUUAUUAGAAAGGGAAAGAGGGGGUAAAGAGAGAGACGACAGAAGAGAAGAGGGAGAGGGGGGAAAAAGAAAACAGAAAGAGAUCCUAAGUGGGCGGAGAUCUUUCUUUUAAAGGGAUCAUUUGCACCUGCCUGUAGACUAGUAAUCAUGGUACCCUGGGCUGACCAGGUUACUGCGAGUUCAUUCUGCCAGGUGACAGGGGCAGGCCAUCAUAAUGCCUGAAUCCUUACACCAGUACUUAGGAGGCAGAAGCAAGCCGAUCUAUGUGAGUUCAAGACCGGCCUGGUCUACCUAUUGAGUUCCAGGGCGGACAAGGCUACGUAGUGGGAUACUAUGAAAAUUUAGGAAAAGAAAGAGGAUGGGUGAUGCUGGUCCCAGGAUGGAGGUGUGUCCUUACUGUAAGAAGCCAUUUAAGCGAUUAAAAUCCCACUUGCCACACUGUAAGAUGAGAGGAACUCCGGUAUCUGCUGAUCAAAAAGUUUAUCAGUCCAAGCCAGCUACACUUUCACAUGCUAAAAAAGAGACAGGGCCUACCGGAGACAUAACCAAAGCUGAAAGGAAAGAGCCAGAGAUGGAGAGUGCAAAAAGAAAUGCGAAAUCAGAAGAGGGCAGACCAGAAUGGACGGCUGCCACCUCUCCACUGCCGGCAGGUGUCUUGGAAAGAGCGGGUACAGCAGAGGCAGGAGGAGAAGCCAACGAUCAAAAUCAGCCCUCCUUCCAAGCAUUGAGACAAGCCAAGAUAAAGGUGGUUCUGCAGAGAGGCACGGCCCCUCUGUCUCAAGCAUUGGAUACCAGCUCUCCCGAGAGAGAACUUGCCAGAGAUGUGACUGGAUCCCAGGGAAGUCCACGUCAUCCCUCAGAGACCAAAGCAUCUUUACUGGUUGGCUCAAUGGAACCAGUUUUAUCUAAUCAAGGUAAAAAAUAUCCCUCAGCUCAGCAUCAUGCUAAACCAGCCACUUCUGCAAGUCUGAAACUGGAUACAGUUGAUCCCCAAAGACAGAAAUUUCUGGCAAAAUUACUAGACGUACCUGCUAGUGAUUGUCAUUCUCCAAAGAAUGACAGCCAUGGGGUCCAGGGAGGAAAACCCUCAAUGUUGAUCAGGGAGAGUAGUUCCGGUGAUGGAGACCACCUGUCAGGAGUCCCUCUUGACCCUGGUAGUGCUGAGACUCGGGCAAAGUCCAAAUCACUCCUCUUGGGCCUUUACACCGCUCCACUGGGUAAAGCCCAAGUCAGAGAGCACCAGGAACUCGGCCUCGGAGUAGAGUUGUGUCAGACCAAGGGAAACCCUAAGAACAGCAAGUCUGCCACAGAAGUACCGGAACGGGCUUGCCUGCACCAUGGUGCUAAGGACCCCAUUUCACCCCCAAAGGCAAAAACACAGGCAGCCCUUGCUCCACCAGAGGAAACUUUGAGUAAGCUGCUCUCUAUACCAGAGUCAGGGCGUCAGCACCUCACCUCUCUGGCUGUGAAGCUUCCUCCAGAAGACAGAGCCCAAUUCUAUGGCCAGAGUCAAGCCCCUGCCGUAACACUAUUAGUGGGAAGCAAGAGGGACAUUCUGGAUCCCACGUCUUCCCACCAACCCCAUGCGGCCCAGGCAGGGUACCACAUACCCUCUUAUUCAGCUCCGCAUUCCGUGUCUAAAAGCUCUUUCAUCAGUCAUGUUGCUGCUGCUGCUGACUCGGGUGCUGCUCCCAGAUCCCUGGGACUGGAGUGGUUUCCCGAACUCUAUCCUGGUUACGUUGGUCUAGGAGUGUUGCCAAGUGGGCCUCAGCAUUGGAACUCAGUGGCUCAGAUGCCUCUUCCUGCCACUUCCCAGGGUGCAAGUGUCUCAAAAGUUCCUUGGUGGGGACGAAGUUCGGCUGAUAGCAGGAGUUCGGAACCCCUGGCGCUUACAACUUCCAGCAUCCCUCUAAUGAGGCUCUUGGGAGCUGCGCACAAAGGCUGGGUCAAGUGCAACACCACCAUAAAGAAGAGCGGUGUCGGGGGCCUCACGAUGCUCUUCGCCGGCUACUUCAUCCUGUGCUGUAACUGGAGCUUCAAGCAUCUGACCUCGGGCUCUGGAUCUGAACUGUAGGCAUUUCAUCCUUGGGAUCAGGUAUGUCUAGUAAAUCUCUUAACUUUCCUGGUCUUGGCGUAAUUAGGAGGGCACAAUGGAAUUCCUGGUUCCAUGGUGGCAGGGAUUUUUUGCCAAAGAAUUAUUUUGUUUAGAGAGGCUACCAUCGUACAAUUUUUUUUUUUUUGCAUUGGUGUUUGCUAUGCAUAUAUGCCUGUGUGAGGAUGUCAGAUCUUGGAAUUACAGACAGUUGUGAGCUGCCGUGUUCGUGCUGGGAAUUGAACCCUGGUCCUCUGGAAGAGCAGUCAAUGCUCUUAACCUCUGAGUCAUCUCUCCAGCCACCACUGCACACAUUUUCACCCUUUGCCAAAGCAUGUACAAAAUUUCCCAAAGGGAAAGGCAUUAAUAUUGAGAAUCAUUAAAAAUGAAAAGUAAAAGGUGCUGGAGAAGUGUGGUCUGCAAUGUUGAAAUACUGGAACUUUGUCAAACAGCAACAGGCACGGUGUAGUCCACACCACCAGGUGUCCUGCAGAGUUCUGUCACAUGAACUGGGUCAUUUUACCUGUACAACCACCCUGCUUGUGUUCUAGAUUGAGGAAGCAGACUAGAGGAGGUUAGGCCAUUUGCCUGUGGCUAAAUGCUAUCACACAACAUCCUAGGGUGGUUUGCAAUGGUACCCAAACCCACAAACGUGCCCCCUGGGCCUGUGUUACACAUUGCCUCAGCAAAGCCCUCCUGCUGAGGGAGGCCAGGCACCCAUGCUUCCCCUAGUCCUUCUGCAGGCUGCCUUUUUCUGUACUGGAAAAAUCCACUUAGCUGCCCCCUUCUUCCAGUGGGUAAAUAACAUUGCAUCUGCUUUGUCAUGGUGGAGACUACUAUCCUGGUCUCUGCCUUAGCUCAGCAGGAUAUGCUGUUUCUAUAUGCCUAUGCUUAAUCCCCCUGUGGGGGUUAAUCUUCUGUGUUAGCUUGGCUGCAGUCACCUGGGAGAUAUGCCUCUGGUUGUGUCUAUAAAGGUAUUAGAUCUAACUGAGUAGAGAAGACAGCCCAGGAAUCCACGGAAUCCAUGUGGCCAUGCUGCAAUACAAUGCAAUGCACCCUCUCUGUGCACUGGCUUCCCAGACUGAAUUUUAAACAUAAAAGAAGGAAGCUGAUCAUUUCUUUUUCUGGGCUUCCUUGAAUGGAUUCAGUAUGACCAGCCAUUUCACACUCCCACCAUGGUUUCCCUGCCAUGAUUGACUGUAUCCUCUCGAAAUAAAUCGUAAGUUGGCUGCUUUGUCACAGCAUUUAAAAAAAAAAAAAAGGAAUUAAUACAGCUUCACAUUAAGAUGCAAUAAGUAUAUUCUCAAAUUUAAACAAGCCAUAUGGGGAAGCAGCUGAAAACAACUGUUUGAUUGGAUUACCCACUUCCGGGAGCACUUGAGGCCGCUGACCCAGAGCAGUCUACAGGAGCACAGGAGCGGAACAUGGGGUACUGACUGACCUGCUGGAGUUCAGUGCACUUUGCUCUACUGGUUCACGGAUGGGAUGACUCCUCCCUCCCACAGUUAGCCGACCUCGGCCUGUUGUAUUUUUCAGCAGCUUGUUCAUGCCCAUGAUAGUUGGAAAUAAGGCAGAUGCUGUAGACUGUUUCUGCAUCCUGUAUCUCACCGGGGUGAUGGGAUUCACUAGACCACUGGGUGCAGAAUUCCAUGGUGAGGUCAUGGAGCCCCUUCACGGGGAGGAUUUCUAGUUCCCUUGCUACAGGCUAUGUUUUGAUGACUCCAACGGGUACCAUUUUCUUCACUGGCAUGGUGGCCUGGGUUUUGAAGAAAAGAGAGCUAAAGCCAUGCCUUAUUCUCCAAAGAAAAGUCCCCGCUCGUUGAGGGAACCACAGGCUGGUUUUCAAAAGAAUGUAUAGGCUUCUCCAGCCUCACAAGGGUCUUGUUCAGGAGGCUAAGGUGGGAAGACCUCGUAAGUGCCGUGGUUUGAGAUCAGCCUGGGAACAAUCACAAGAUCUGACCCAAAAGAGACUUAAGGUUCCGGGUUCAGCUCCCAUAUUGCCGGUCAAGGUGGUUCUUGAUUUCCAAGGUUCAUAAAGUCUAACAAACAAGAAAAUAAAACAUUCUUGCUGGGCA